GAGAUACUGGAUGCUCUACAGAAAGCAGAACCUAGGACAGAGGACCUCAAGUCUCAGCUGAAUGAACUUUGUCGAUUUUCGAGAGACCUGAGUAUAUACAGUGGAAAAGUUUCUGGCUUGAUUAAAGAAUAUAAUUGUCUCUCUUUGCAAGCAUCCAAGGGCUGCCAGAAUAAAGAGCAGAUUUUACAGCAAAGAUUUCAAAAAGCCUGCAGAGAUUUCCAGCAAUGGAUGGUUAAUGCAAAAAUCACUACUGCCAAAUGUUUUGAUAUACCUCAAAAUAUUAGUGAAGUUUCAGCAAGUCUUCAGAAAAUACAGGAGUUUUUGUCAGAAAGUGAAAAUGGACAGCACAAGCUAAACAUGAUGCUAUCUAAAGGAGAGCUUUUGAGUACUCUGUUGACCAAAGAGAAAGCUAACGGUAUCCAGGCCAAAGCUGCAACUGCAAAAGAAGAUUGGAAAAAUUUUCAUUCAAAUCUCCACCAAAAGGAAUCCGCCCUAGAGAAUCUAAAGAUCCAAAUGAAGGACUUUGAAGUGAGUGCUGAGCCUGUACAGGACUGGCUGAGUAAAACCGAGAAGAUGGUCCAUGAGAGCAGCAAUCGCCUCUACGAUCUGCCGGCCAAGAGGAGAGAGCAGCAGAAGCUGCAGUCUGUCCUUGAGGAAAUACACUGCUACGAGCCUCAGCUCAACAGGCUGAAAGAGAAAGCUCAGCAGCUGUGGGAAGGACAAGCUGCCAGCAAGAGCUUUAUGCACAGAGUGUCGCAGCUGUCUUCUCAGUAUCUAGCGCUAAGCAAUUUAACAAAGGAGAAAGUGUCAAGAAUGGAUAGAAUUGCUGCAGAACACAAUCAGUUCUCUCUCGGGAUUAAAGAAUUGCAAGACUGGAUGACAGAUGCCAUUCACACUCUGGAUUCUUACUGCCACCCGACAUCGGACAAAAGUGUGCUGGACAGCAGGAUGCUCAAGCUUGAGGUACGCAAUUUUCGAGAGAAAUAUUUCUAACUUACAGAAUUUCUUUUUCUAGAAAUUUCUCAACUCCAUCUGCCUGGCAUGAUUAUGUCUCCGUCUCUCUACAAGAAACUUUAUCAACUUGAAGGAGCUCUUUCUAAGUGGACAAGUUAUCAGGACGACGUUCGGCAGUUUUCCAGCUGGAUGGACGGCGUGGAAGCCGCCCUGCAUGAGUCUGAAAGGCAGUACGCGGAGCUGCGGGAGAAAACCACCGCCCUCGGCAAGGCCAAGUUAUUAAAUGAAGAAGUGCUGAGUUACAGCAGCUUGCUGGAGACCAUUGAAGUCAAAGGAGCUGGCAUGACGGAACACUAUGUCACCCAGUUAGAACUCCAGGAUCUACAGGAACGAUACAGAGCAAUCAAAGAGAGGGCCAAGGAAGCAGUAACCAAGUCUGAAAAACUCGUUCGCCUGCACCAAGAAUAUCAGAGAGACCUAAAGGCAUUUGAAGUUUGGCUGGAGCAAGAACAAGAAAAGCUUGACCGACAUUUAGUUCUUGAAGGUGAUGCCCACACGCAUGAGACUACACUGCGAGAUCUUCAGGAGCUACAAGUGCACUGCGCGGAGGGGCAGGCACUAUUGAACUCAGUGCUGCACACCAGAGAGGACGUGAUCCCAUGGGGGAUCCCCCAGGCGGAGGACCGAGCUUUGGAGUCUCUCCGGCAGGACUGGCAGGCUUAUCAGCACAGACUAUCCGAGACCCGAACUCAGUUCAAUAAUGUAGUGAACAAAUUGAGGCUGAUGGAGCAAAAAAUGGCUGAGAUUGACUCUUUUCCUCCAAUGCUUAUGUCAUUUCAGAAGUGGCAUGAAGAAAUCACUGCCUAUAGAGAUGAGGUUGAGGACGUGGGAGCUAGAGCACAGGAGAUCUUGGACGAGAGCCACGUGAGCAGCAGAAUGGCCUCCCAGGCCACCCAGCUGACCUCCAGAUACCAGGCCCUGCUUCUCCACGUGCUGGAACAAGUAAAAUUCCUGGAGGAAGAGAUCCAGAGUUUGGAGGAAUCAGAAUUCUCCCUCAGUUCCUAUUCUGACUGGUAUAGCUCUACUCAUAAAAACUUCAAGAAUGUGGCUACCAAAAUUGAUAAAGUAGAUAAAGUGAUGAUGGGGAAAAACCUGAAGACAUUGGAGGUUUUGCUAAAAGACAUGGAGAAAGGCCACAGUUUGCUGAAAUCGGCCCGGGAGAAAGGAGAGAGGGCUCUUAAAUAUUUGGAGGAAGAAGAGGCAGAGACGUUAAGAAAAGAGAUCCAUGAUCACGUGGAGCAGUUGAAGGAACUGACCAGCACUGUCCGAAGAGAGCACGUGACCCUGGAAAAAGGACUUCAUUUAGCAAAGGAAUUCUCAGAUAAAUGUAAAGCGUUGACUCAGUGGAUAGCAGAAUACCAGGAAAUCCUACACAUGCCUGAAGAACCCAAAAUGGAAUUAUAUGAGAAAAAAGCUCAAUUAUCUAAAUACAAGUCACUUCAACAAAUGGUGCUCUCCCAUGAACCAUCAGUAAAAUCAGUAAGAGAGAAAGGUGAAGCUCUUCUGGAACUGGUGCAGGAUGUUACUUUAAAGGACAAAAUAGAUAAACUUCAAAGUGAUUACCAGGACCUCUGCAGCCUAGGAAAGGAGCAUGUCCUCAGUCUGGAGGCAAAAGUCAAAGACCAUGAAGACUACAACAGUGAGCUUCAAGAGGUCGAAAAGUGGCUACUGCAUAUGUCUGGCCGACUGGUGGCACCUAUCCUCCUGGAGACGAGCAGUCUGGAGACAAUUACCCAGCAACUGGCCCACCACAAGGCAAUGAUGGAAGAAAUUGCUGGUUUUGAAGACCGUUUGAACAACCUCAGAACUAAAGGGGACACUUUGAUCAGCCAGUGUGCAGACCACCUGCAAGCAAAACUCAAACAAAAUGUGCAUGCUCACCUGCAGGGCACAAAGGAUAGUUACUCAGCAAUUUGCAGUACAGCUCAGAGGGUGUACCGGAGUUUGGAACAUGAACUUCAGAAGCAUGUCAGCCGACAAGACACCCUGCAGCAGUGCCAGGCCUGGCUUUCUGCAGUCCAAGCUGAUUUAAAGCCAAGCCCUCACCCGCCUCUUAGCAGGGCCGAAGCUGUUAAGCAGAUCAAAGAUGCACCUGGGGAAGCCUUUCUUAGGCUUGUGGAAAGGGAAGAGCACGAGAUGGACAGUUUGCAAAGAAAAGAAGCCUGGCUGUCUGUGUUUUUACCUCACCCCCAUUGA